UCUUUCCAUUAGAGGAGAAUAUGUGUCAAAUCAGAUAUAAAAGGGUCAAACGGACAUGGCACUCCUAUCAGUACAUAUCGGUGCUGUUCAAGGAUUAUAUCUUCUCGUGUCUGAAGCCAAAUGGCAGACAAUUAUUGUUUGUUAUAUUUUCAGUGUGUUGGCAGGCAUUGGAGUACUCGCAGUUUAGAAUAGGUGCCCACCGUUAUUUUAGUCACCGGAGUUUCAAAGCGAAUUGGAAACUUCGGUUAAUCUUAAUUAUAUUGCAGACCCUGUCGGGUCAGAAGUCGGCCAUAGACUGGACACUGGACCACCACACGCACCACAAGUUUGAGGGCACAAAUGCCGACGCCGUGAGUCUGGGUCGGGGCUUCUUUUUCGCUCACAUCGGGUGGCUUAUGAUGGAAAGGCAUCCCCAAUGUGUCGAAAAGCGCAACAAACUGAAUGUCGACUACUUGUGGACUGACCCCAUCGUUAGACUACAGCACGAAUACUAUGUGUUUCUAUUCAUUGUCAUCAAUAUAUUGAUUCCAACGCUUACUCCUUAUAUAUUAUUUGGCGAAAGUUUAGUCCUUAGCUUUUAUACAUGCUUUGCAUUCAGAUUUGUAUAUACAAUGCAAUUGGCAUUAAGUGGAAACUCUUUUGCUCACAUGUAUGGGUACCGCGAAUACGACAAGUCCUCCACAUCUACUCAUAACAAACCACUCAAUUACCUGACUCUUGGCGGAGCCUAUCAUAACUUUCAUCAUGCAUUUCCUUACGACUACUCCGCGAGUGAGUUCGGUGUCAAGAGCUUUAAUGUCUACUCGGCUUUCAUUGAGUUCUUUGAACGGAUCGGAUGGGCAUAUGAUCUGAAGAAAGCGCCACAAAAUUUGGUCGAUAUUCGCAGACAAAGAACUGGUGGCGAAUCUCUGUCUUUAAUCUAUGUACAUAUUGGAGCCAUUUAUGGAGUAUAUCUGUGUAUUACUUCAGCCAAAUGGCAGACUAUUGUUAUGAUUUAUAUAUUGGGGGUUGCGUCAAACAUCGGCACAUUGACGGCAUCGCACCGGUACGGCACACAUAAGGCAUUUAAGGCGAGAUGGCCGCUCAGAGUCAUAUUAGUUGUCUUACAAACACUUUCGGGUCAAAAGACGCUGAUAGAGUGGGCCCGGGAUCACCACACCCACCAUAAGUACGAGGGAACCAACGCCGAUAUAGUGAACAUAAACAGGGGUUUCUUUUACGCACACAUGGGUUGGCUUAUGAUUAAAAGACAUCCCGAUUGCGAGCAAAAGAGACAACACAUUGAUGUCGACUAUCUCUGGUCGGACCCUAUCGUACGCUUUCAAUACAAUUAUUACGAGCCAUUGGUUGUCAUCUUUUGUAUCAUUAUUCCCACAAUAAUUCCCAUCUAUUUAUUCAACGAAACACUCGUUAAUAGUUAUCACUUGUGUUUCCUCAUACGUUAUGCAUAUACCCUUCAACUGUCCUUUUGUGGUAAUUCAUUGGCGCACACCAACUAUGGUAGCCGACCCUAUGACAAAUCCAUGACUUCUGUUCAUAACGACCCUCUAAUUUAUGCCACUUUAGGAGGCGCUUAUCAUAACUACCAUCACGUCUAUCCAUGGGAUUACUCUGAAAGUGAGUUCGGAUGGGACGUCAACUUCAAUGUAAACACAGCUUUCAUUGAUUUCUUUCACGCCAUCGGUUGGGCUUAUGAUCUAAAGAAAGCUCCAAAAGAUAUCAUUGAAAAACGAAAACAAAGGACAGGAGGACCAGAAAAC